AUGAGGAUCAAAUACACCAUGCCCAUCGUCUUCUUCGUGGCGCUUGUCGUCAUCGAGAAAGAGAACAAGAUAAUCUCAAGGGUGUCAGAUAAAAUCACGUCAAAGCACACCCCACAAGACCCUCCGCAGCCAGAUGUUUUCUCCCACCUUCUGCUGAAGCGCAAUGCCUCCUUCCCUUUGCUCGGCAAGGACUUUGUGCUGAUGAAGCGGCGCCUGGAGAACUACAGCGAGGUGAUGAAAAGGGGAAGGCAACAUGUGCUCCUGUUGGCCACCACCAGGACUGGCUCCUCAUUUGUAGGCGAGUUUUUCAACCAGCAGGGUGACAACAUGUUUUACCUGUUUGAGCCACUGUGGCACGUGGAGAAGAUGUUGACUUUGGAGACCGGGGGCACCAACGCUACAGCUUCGGCCAAGGCGUACCGUGACGUGCUCCAGCAGCUCUUCCUGUGUGACUUUUCCUUGCUGGAAAGUUUCAUCGACCCCCUUCCUGUGAACCACAUCACUACGGCUCUUUUUCGCAGGGAAUCCAGCAUCUCUCUGUGUGAGGAGUCCAUCUGCAGCCCUUUCGUCAAGGGAGUCUUUGAGCGCUACCACUGCAAGACAAGACGAUGCGGACCCCUGAACCUGACAAUGGCGUCCAAGUCUUGCCUGAACAAGAAACACAAGGUUAUCAAGUCUGUUAGGGUACGCCAGCUUGAGAAUCUGCGUCCGUUAGCCGAGGAUCCACGUCUUGACGUUAGAUUCAUCCAGCUAGUUCGGGACCCUCGGGCUGUAUUGGCCUCACGCAUGGUGGCAUUCGCUGCCAAGUACAAGAACUGGAAGGAGUGGGCUAUGGGUGGAAAUGUGUCCCUUGAUUUUGCUGAGGUGAUGAAGCUGAAGGGUAACUGCGACAACAUCAGACUGUCUGCAGAGGUUGGCCUCAGACAGCCACCUUGGCUGCGCGGCCGCUACAUGUUGGUGCGCUACGAGGACAUCGCUCGGUUUCCCAUGAGAAAAGCAACAGAGAUGUACAGGUUUUCUGGGAUCCCCUUCACCCCGCAAGUCAAAUCCUGGAUUCUGAAGAACACCCAGGCCUCUAGGGAGACCAGCGGAGUGUACUCCACACAGAAAAACUCCUCAGAGCAAGUAGAGAAAUGGAGGUUCAGCCUGCCGUUUAAGAUAGCCCAGGUUGUACAGAGAGUUUGUGGGCCAACGUUGAAGCUGUUUGGCUACAAAUUUAUCAGCAGUGAAAAGAUGCUAACAGACAAAUCUAUAAGUCUGAUUGAGGAUAAAGGGUUUACAUUUUGAUGAAAUUAAACAGGAUCCAUGCUGGAUUUUGA